CUGUUUGUAUAAGGCACAAGAAAGCUCCUCCCAUGACUGCUAAAACCACAUUGAAAACGGAUGGUAAAGAAAAAGAAAGGAAAGCAAGAAUGACGGAAGAGAAAUAAAGAGAGAGUAACUGGUACUGGUAGUGUGAUACAGAGAAUGAGAGAGAGAGAGAGAGAAACAAGAGAGUAGGGACAAGAUCGUUCGAUAGUGAGUGAGUGAGUGAGAGAGAGAGAAUGAAAGAGAAGGAAAGGGACAGAUAAAGAAUAAGAGUUUAUGAUAAAAAGACAAUAAACAAAUGAAAUAUGAGAAGUCAACUUGUAUGAUUCUUUGAAUUACAUUUGAAUUUUUAGUAUCAAACCUCCUCACUAGUUACUGCGAAAUCAGCUGAAACGAUCAUAUUUAGCAAAGAAAGCUGUUAGCAGUUAAGUGUAACUUUCGAUAUUUCGGCGAACUUCAACUAUCUUCAUUAAAAAAAAAAAAGAUACUUCAGUCCUUUCUAAACGCGUGUGUGUGCGUGUAUAUGUAUAUAUGUAUAUAUGAGUGCACGUGUUUAUUUACCUCUCCUAAACGGUAAUGUCAACAGCAGUUGACACAAACACCGAUUCCAAUCGAACAGUUGUUUUAUCGUCGAGACCAAAAUCCCUGGAAGAAUGUAUUUCGAAAUUCGAUCAUGAACUUGAACUUGAAUCCGACAGCGAAGCUAUAUACUGCAAUGUUACGACAGAUAGUCUCCUUUGCUGGCCAAGAACUCCUGCCGGCACUACAACAAGCCAACCUUGCCCUUCAUUGGAAGGGUCGGAUACAACCAAAUUUGCUUAUCGUAGCUGUGACUUAAAUGGGGAAUGGAGUUCGAAGUGGGAUGACGAUUCGUCCGCUUGGACAAACUACACACAAUGUUACAGUUCCGAAGCUGAACUAAUUUUCCAGUUUGAUUCAGAAAAUAUACGAAAAGCAUCAGCUGAGGAUUUAACGGAUUCCAGUAUCCUGGGAAUAUGUGGAUUGUCCAUGUCAUUGCUAGCCAUUUUCUUUACCCUUGCUUAUGUGCGCUAUAAAAAAUAUAGCGGACCGCGUAUGGACGUCUAUAGAAACUUAUUCGCAACACUGGUUCUCGAAGCAUCUGUGAAACUAUCAUUUCAGAUUAUUCUUUUAAUGGUAUGGCUUGAAGACGGCCUCGUUGUUACUGUGUUCGAUAUUCCACACCUUUGUGAAGUAUUCGUUGUAAUUUUGGAAUUUGCGGAGAUUACCACCUAUAUUUGGACAGCUCUUCAUGGACACCUGAGUUACCUGGAAGUGAAACAAUACGAUCCUUUAAAAGUGCAAGUUCUCUACGCAGUUCUAGGAUGGGGUGUGCCGAUUAUUACCUUGGCUGAGUGGUUAGCAGUGCAAACAGCGACCAACGACGCUCCCUGUUGGUAUGGUUACCGUUUCCAACAAAGCGCCUGGAUUUUGGAACUACCUCGUGUGUGGGCCUUAAUAUGUUCACUGGUAUUUCUAGCUUACACAAUCUGGUCUCUAAACGAGACUGGACACAUGAGAGACAUCAGCGAAGUACACAUGAUCAAGCGUAGUACACUAGCGUGUCUCGCCUAUAUUUUCUUCUUAACUAUGUCCUUAUGUACAUCUUUAGUACUGGCUAAUCUAGCACACAACAGCAUCAACAAGAUGCAUUUAUUAGCUUUAAUCUACACAAUUACAUUCCUCACCUCUUUCAGAGGACUGUUUUUCACAAUCGGCUACUGGCUAUGGGAAAACCAAGGAAGGAACUGGUACCAGAAAGUCAGUUUGGUUUGAAGAUUAAUCCUUGUGUUUAUUGUAUGUUUGAAUUAUUUUUUUAAAUCCUGUUUAUUGACACCAAUAUAUAUAUACAUACACAUACCAAAAUACAUACAUACAUACAUACAUACAUACACAUACAGAUAGAUAGACAGACAGAUAGAUAGAUUACUGCAGUUAUAUUAUGUAUAUUAUUGUUAAUUCUGUUCAUUCACACAUCCACGUCCGAGCACGCUUAUACUGGGUUGUAGACCUGAUCUAUCGCCCAAGUGUAACACAAACACCUUGUGUGCCUUUAGCAGAAUCCAUUCUGUUGUAUUUGAGCCAGGUUCACAUUUGUGUAUAACUCGAUAUCCCUGGUGCGGCCUUCCCUCUUCAUUAACCCACGAGUCGUGGUUUUCUCCUCUAGUCAACCCCCACUCCAUUAGUCUCGGAGACACUUAAAAGGGGUCACUGAUAUUGUCCCACUUUUCUUUGAUGAAAUCUUUAAAAAAUAUUUUGUUGUCUGGGGAAAGUCAUUACACCAAUUAUGAUAAAACACGCACAGAUUCACUUCCAGUUUUUAUUAUUAGUGAAUUGGUUAAAUAUCAAACUAACUAAUCGAUCGUGUUUAACGUGUUGGUUAAACAAUCAAUCGGUUUGUUUGUCCCAACAUGUUAAACAAACGAUUGAUUAGUUUAAUAUUUUACCAAUUCACUAAUAAAUAAAAAGUAGAGUUGAAUAUGUGCGUGUUUUGUUAUUGGCAGAGUGAUUCUCACGAGACACAGCAAAAUUUGUUUCAACACAUGAUUUCACAUCAAGAUUCUUGCAAACCAAAUCCAUUAACAAAACUUAAAAAGAAUAAUUCUUACUCCAUACACCAUAUAUAUUUGUUUAUAAAAUGUGUGUGUGUGCGCGCGCGCGAGCCUCGCAGACAGACACAGACACACACACGCACACACGCACACAUCAUUACAUAGAUUUAAUACAUAUAAUAUUUAGGAUAUAAGUAUCAGCUUCUAUGGCAAUGUUUGUGUAUGUUGAAUGUUGCGUGUCUACACGUAUGAGUGUCCCCGCGACUUAUGCAUAACUAAUGUGUAUUUUGUAAAUUAUACCAUAUAUUUCUCUGUACAUAUAAGUGUAUUUAUGAUAUAAGACUAUUGUGACUUUUGUAGGAUUGCAACUCGUUGUACCCUAUAAUCUUUUAAUUUCUUUGAAUUGUUAUUAUGUUCAAUCCGGGUUUGAGAGAUAGAAGAGAGAGAGAGAGUGAUGUAUGAAUGGUAAACACUACAUAUGUAUGUAGAGGUACAUGUGCAGGAGAGACAGAGAUGUGACAGAGGAAGAAUGAGAGAUGAUUGAACGAGAGAAGAAUAUAUAUUAUAACAUACAACAAAUAUAUCUUUUCAUGAUAAAUGUACUUUUUCUGUAAUUCAAUUUAUUUGUAAAUAUUUUGUUUAUU